AUGUCUAUCUUUUCCAACAUCUCGAACUCAGGAACGGUGAUGGGGCCCUCUGAGUCUCGUGAGUCCUCUUGGUACCAAAAAUCCAACAAGAAGGUCAUUCCAAACCACCUUGUGCCCAAGAAGAAAAUUGGCUUUCAACUUUCAGCGGUCACCAACAACAAAAGAGACCAGCUGAGCGGCAAGAGAAGCACUGGAAAGGCUGACGAAGGAUUCAAGUCAACUGACUUCAAUGUUAUCACCUUCGGUAACAAAACGCAUAGAAACAGCAAUGCCAGCUUCCAAGAUUCAUCUCUACUUGCUUUGAAGGAUCAAUCGUUCGAUGGGCCCUCCGAAACUGAUGACUUGCCAUUGUACAAUUAUAAUGAGGAUCUUCCUCCACCCCGUUCCUUAUAUGACUUGAAUGAUGACGCUUCGAUAGCUGUCAAUAAACCUAUACAACAAACCGAGUCUUUCAUCACGAAAGACCCCCGCAGCUUCCUGAAUGCUUUUGCUGGAGCAGUUGGAGCCUCUGAUGAAUUGAAGGCUGACGACAAAAAGAUUUUAAAGAACCCUUUGCAACAUAGCGAAGCAGCUGUUCUUGUUUUUGGCUAUCCUGAAAGCAUGGCUAACCAAGUGAUUGCUCACUUCCUGGAGUUCGGAUCAAUUCUUGAAGAUUUUGAAGCAGCGAAGUCAACCAGCUCAUCCACUCCAGAAGAUAUCUUCCAAGGUCCUACGACUGGUGCCUUCUUCUCUACAAAAGCUGAUGAAACAACACAUGAACAACAGCCAAGCCCACCAAUCUUCUGCGGAAAGUCUUGGGUCAAACUUACAUAUGACAAUCCUUCAUCCGCUGCUGAUGCACUCCAAGAGUCUGGAUCUGUUUUUAAUGGGGCUCUCAUAGGCGUUGUUCCUUACACCAAGAAUGCUGUGGAAAAAUUGCAGAAUCGUAAAUUGACAAACACAGAAGACAUUGGCGGCGGCCUUCAAGGUCUACAACUUGGUGACCUUUCAAGCAAGGUUGAUAAAGGAGUCAUUGGCGAUUCGAACGAUAUACAAGCAUCAUACAUUAAAAGGCUAGAUAUCAAGGACGGCUCGGAAAUGUUUUUAAAGGCCCUGAAUGGCGACUCACUGAACCCAAGUGAGGUGAAGAAACCUGAACAAAAGCUAGGAUUCGUUGGUACGAUAUCCAACUAUCUAUUUGGUUUCCACGAUUUGUGA